UGUUCAGCUAACACCUGGUCGGGUCCAUAAUGCAUACAUGCCCUAAGUAGUAGAGGUACACAUGCAGUACUCUCUGCUGCAACUCAAAACAUUCCAUGUAUUCGUCUCGAUUCUAACGAUAACUCCAUGUUGGCAACAUAAGAGCAUGCUAUAACCUCAUUUAUAUUGGUCUCAUGGAGCCACGUUGGUUGAGGUUGAACCUCUUUCAAACCUCUCAGUUAUUUGUCUUACGUCAUCGUCACGAAGCCAAACCCGACGCAUACCAGUAGAAUAGACAGCUGUUCAGUAGACGAUACUUAUAAGAAUUAUCAUAGUAUUUGGAAACCGCAAUGAUGGAUGACUAUAGUGCAGACACCUUCGUUAACCGCGACGACCCCAUCCCCACUGUUAUCCUUGAUGGGUCCGCGCCGCCUAGACCGCGCACUCCGUCAGCUUCAGCAGAUCAGUCCGACGUUGAGACUCCCUCACAGCCCAAAGGUCUUCGAGGCCGUUUCUCUGCCUUCAAGGAGAAGGCCAAGAUCCAGGACCAAUUAGUCGAGAAGUUGCUAGCCCAAGUCGUACCUAUGGAAGGUGCCCAGAUCCCGCAAGAUGAGUCGUCGCCCAAAAAUGACAGCCCGGGCGUGGCGCGUCCCAACUUCAACUUGACCACCAUGUCCAACAACUUCCGCCGUUUCAACUCCCGCAUCGGCGUCGUCUUUGUCUUCCAAGCCCGCGUCAUCCGCCUCCUAUCUUGGCGACAUCCCACACACACCCUAUCUUUUCUCGCCAUUUACACCUUCGUCUGCCUGGACCCCUAUCUCUUGCCGCUACUACCCAUAGCCAUACUACUCAUCGGCGUAUUAAUCCCAAGCUUCGUCGCGCGCCACCCGGCAACGGAGCUUAACUUGUCCAGCGACCAGGCUAUAGGAUACUCGCCCCAUGGACCACCGCUGGCCCCCGCCAUCACGGUCAAGCCCGUCAAGGAGCUGAGCCGGGACUUCUUCCUCAACCUGAGGGACCUACAGAAUUGCAUGGAGGACUUUACCCAAUUCCACGACGGCAUCGUCAGAUUGGUCGUGCCACGGACCAACUUCAGUGACGAGGCCCUGAGCAGCGCCCUCUUCGUAUUCCUAUUCGCAGCGUGCAUAUUCAUAAGCAUAGCGUCGAACGUGCUGCCCUGGCGCCUGAUCUUCCUCGCGCUAGGCUGGGCCGUCACCUGUGUCGGCCACCCCGCUAUCCAGCGACAGCUCCUGUCCGCGCACGAGAAGCACAUCCACCCGCAAGAAGCAAAGGCCAGGGGCUGGAUGGAGGACUGGGUCGAGCGCGACGUCAUCCUAGACAGCGCGCCGGAAACUAGGGAGGUAGACAUAUUUGAGCUGCAACACCUCUCCAACGCAGGCGAGUGGGAGCCCUGGCUCUUCGGCCCGUCGCCGUACGAUCCCCUGUCGCACGCGCGCAUCAUCGGCGAGCGGCCGGCCGGCACGCGGUUCUUCGAGGACGUCCUGCCGCCGCAGGGCUGGGAGUGGAGCGAGAAGAAAUGGGCCCUGGAUCUCUGGAGUAGGGAGUGGGUCGAGGAGCGCAUCAUCACGGGUGUCGAGGUCGAGACGGAGGGCGAGAGGUGGGUCUACGACAUAUAUGACGAGCAUGCCGAUAGGGUCGGGGUGGUGGAGCAGCCUGAGCCGUCGACGAAGGGGAAGGAUAAGGCGACGAGAUCGCCGUUUCCGAAGCCGAGUUGGGAAGAGGGUGAGGAUGGCGAUAGUAGAAGGGGCGUGUGGAGGCGGAGGAGGUGGGUGAGGCUUGUGAAGAGGAAGAAUUUCCCCGAGGUUGCUGGUUAAGGGGAUGGGAGGGGUUGAUGUAGGUGCAGUUUUAAUGAAUAUAGUAAUAAUCGGUAUUGUGCGAAUUUAUUAGGCUUUGUGUGGAUUUGUUAGUACCUAGGUACUGGGUAGAUAUGGCUUGGUUCAUCGUGGGAAAUGUAUCGAGCGUAAGUGCAGUUUUACUAGGUUUACAUCCCACCACGUACCCUAGUGUACGGAGACGGGCUACGAUGUGAGGCAUUGCCAGGGAUUUAACAGCGAUUAUUGAAAAUUGUAAAUAUACCUAGGUACUUAGGCAUUGUUUCAUUGGAAAGGACAAAGAAUAGAAAGAAAAUGGCUACCUAGGUAGGUAGGUAUUCAGGGGUAAGACCACCAGAAUUUAACAAGUCAAUUUAGCGGAGUCUGUUGAUGUUAAUGGAAAAGAAAUAUAGGAGAGUGUCUUCCAGGGCAAUUAAA